CAUGCUGCGUUAGUAAUUUAUUCUGAAUUUAACAUUAUACGCUGCAGAGUGUUGAAAGAAAUCACAAGUGGAUAGGCAUGAUACAGCCAUGGUCAAUAAUUACGGGCCGAAGGGACUCGUAAUGCAGCGCAUCGCUUACUUUGCAACGUGCCAUGAACUUGGAGGGAUAAUGGGGUGCAAGCCGUGGGCCUGUCCUUGGAAGAGAAACCCUCCUGCUAACCAGACCCCAUUCAGCUCCUGGGCGUUUCUACAACCAUGUAGCUCCCGUCCGCUGGAAGGGACAGAGUUCUCUAAUUGCACCUUGCAUAAUCUAAGGAGACAAAAUACGCUAUUUGUCUGUCAGAGAUUCAGACAGUACAGCAGCGACAGUGACAAUGAGCCCAAGAAGUCAAGACGACCAGCCAUCUCUGUCGUGGGCAUUCCAGAUCCCAUCUCAUGGAUACGAAAUAAAAUCAUAAUGGUCUUCAUUGAACUCUAUUUUGAUAUAAAUAUUUCUAGCGUGGAAUUUGAUACUGGAGUGAAGCAGGCUGUGGUACACGUCUCUACAAUGGUCUCCAAUGGCAAGUUUGAGGAUUUGAGGGGUGUUCUGUCUGAUGAGGCUGUUGAAAGAGUCAAGACGAAAUACAACGUUUUAUCAGAUGUCCAGAGAAGAAACAUAGCUAUCUGUUCAGAUGAUAUUGUGUUUUUACUUCCUGAAGACGUCUCUGUGAUCUUUGAUAAUCGAGGGAGGAAAUAUUGUUACGUCUUGAUGCGCUUGUGGCACCUGUCAGAUGCAGAUAUCCCUGAGGACCCUGAGAGCACACGGAUCUUCAGAGUAGAGGACAGCGGAGAGGACCCAUCUAAGAAGAUUGUGACCGCUGUGUAUGAGUUUCACCAGGAGCUGACCAGGGGAGUCGAACCAGACUGGACGGUGACACACAUCUGGCACUGGAAACAGCUGGAGUGACGUGCAAGCCUCAUCAAAUGGCGCCUCACAUGGAGGACAUUCUGGAUGUCCGCCACACUCCCAUUUUCAUGAUUUUCAGAUUGCUCAAACACAAUAAAUUAUUUCAUGGGUUAACCCAA